GCUUAUUCGCUUAUUCGCUUCCGCUUCCGCCGCCGCCGCCAGAGUCUCUUUUGCUGGUUCAUCAUCUUCGGCGAGGGCGGGGCGACAGGGGACUGAAGCAAGCAGCUUCUCUGGUCUCGGCGGCGCCGCCUUCCUCCUCCCCUCUCUCUACUGUAAACCGGCCUCGGGGUUCAGCUGAAUUUCGUCGGGUUGGAUGGACAGCCAAGCCCCUCCUCCCGCUGCCGCUACCGAUGCCAACACCAGCGUCAUGUGCCAGCUGGUCAGCCCCGAAGGAGACCAUCUCGGUGCAGCGCUCUAUCUGCCGCAGAACGUCGGCCCCCCGCAGCUCCAGGAGAUUGUCAAUCACCUCCUCCACAAUGAGGACAAGCUGCCCUAUGCAUUUUACAUUGGAGAUGAAGAGCUCUCUGUCCAGCUGGGCACUUACAUGCAGCAAAAGAACGCCAAUGUUGAGGUUACACUGCGCAUAGUAUAUCAACCACAAGCACUUUUCCGGAUCAGGCCAGUCAACCGCUGCUCGGCUACGAUUGCUGGUCACACAGAAGCUGUACUUGCUGUUUCUUUUAGCCCUGAUGGAAAAUGUUUGGCAAGUGGUUCAGGUGACACCAGUGUUCGCUUUUGGGACCUUGAUACACAGACUCCAUUAUUCACAUGCAAAGGACACAAAAAUUGGGUUCUCUGCAUUGCUUGGUCGCCUGACGGGAAACAUCUUGUUAGUGGAAGCAAGUCAGGAGAACUUAUAUUAUGGGACCCAAAAACUGGGAAGCAAUUGGGCUCUCCACUUAUGGGACACAGGAAAUGGAUUACUGCUGUAUCUUGGGAGCCAGCCCAUUUGCAAGCUCCGUGCCGCCGCUUUGUAAGUGCAAGCAAGGAUGGUGAUGCUCGCAUUUGGGAUAUCACCACAAGGAAAUGUGUUAUUUCCCUUACAGGUCACACUAAUUCAGUGACCUGUGUCAAGUGGGGUGGUGAUGGCUUGAUUUAUACAGGUUCUGAAGAUUGCUUGAUCAAAGUAUGGGAAACAUCUCAGGGAAAGUUGGUCAAAACAUUGCAGGGUCAUGGGCACUGGGUGAAUUCGCUUGCCUUGAGCACGGAAUAUGUUCUCCGCACGGGACCAUAUGACCAUACUGGCAAGACAUAUUCAACCGCAGAGGAAAUGAAAGAGGCAGCUCUUGCGAGAUACAAGAAGAUGAGGGGUAAUGCUCCUGAGAGACUAGUUUCUGGUUCUGAUGACUUUACGAUGUUUCUUUGGGAACCAACAAUUAGUAAACAACCUAAAGCUCGCAUGACUGGUCAUCAAAAGCUCGUGAACCAUGUGUACUUUUCCCCUGAUGGGCAAUGGUUGGCAAGUGCCUCCUUUGAUAAAUCCGUCAAGUUGUGGAACGGUAUCACAGGAAAGUUUGUUGCAGCUUUCAGAGGGCAUGUUGCAGAUGUCUACCAGAUCAGCUGGUCUGCCGACAGUAGGCUUCUGCUAAGUGGAAGCAAGGAUUCCACACUAAAGGUUUGGGAUAUUCGAACACACAAGUUGAAACAGGACCUACCGGGCCAUGCGGAUGAGGUGUACGCCGUGGAUUGGAGCCCUGACGGUGAAAAGGUGGCAUCUGGUGGGAAGGAUCGGGUCCUCAAGCUUUGGAUGAAUUGACUGACCAAGCUGCUACGGAUUGAAGUCUGCAUACGCUAUAAAUACAAGAAGAAUGAUGGAGCUCCUGUGACAAAAACAAUUUUGGUUUAGGAACCUUGUACCGUGGAUGAUAUAUGUUUAGCGAGUUAAUGUGGUGGGAUUUCAAGCUAUUUCUGUUUAUAUAUAUAUUUGUGUGGUAUCUGGAGCUAGUAUCGACAUAUUCAUCCAUGCAAAAACCAUUGCAUCAAUUCAAUGGGCACCAGUACUUGCAA